UGGUGUGGGGAAUAUUUAGGUUAUGUUGGUGUCUCUGAUAACAGUCCUCUCGUUUGUAAAUUCCGCAGUACCAAAAUAAAUGUGUAAUCUCGUCCUUCCAAACGAUGUCCAUGUUCCUGUCUCAGAAGGACAAGACGACGAGGCUUUCGUCUAUUUUUUCUUCCCUUGCAGCAUCAAGAAGAAAGGCUGCUAUAAAGUCGUCUGCAACAUCAUUCUCGUGUGCGAGAGCAGCCAUAUUUGAUGUAUCAAUAAUAGGUUCAGGUAAAUUAAACGGAAUUUCCAGUAAGACGAUCGUACCUCCACCCAUCCAACCCGUACUCUUUCAUCCCGGGGUGGAUUUCAUGUUCAGCGCUUAACUUACCUCCGAAUAAAACCCUCAGCCCCUAUUAGCUACUCGCUGGUAAGGCCAGCGCGUCCCGCGCAUUUCGUGUUUCCGACUUUACCCGACAAUAGCUAACUGGCGAUGCAAAUUUAGAACUGCGACCUACAUUCUUUGUUCCGGGGGAUUCCCUAUUUGUGCGCAUGUCCAGAAGACGUUAAUAUGUCUUCCGGGAAAAACAAACAGGCGUGCUCACAGAUUUACUAUACAACUCUGUGGAUGUGCUCUUUUCGCGGAACAAACUUUGUCAGCCGACUUUUUUAUAAUAAUGGAGCCGACGUCUUCCAAACGCCAGCGAGGAGCAAACUGGUCCAGCAGGGAAGUACGGGCAUUAUUAGAGUUUAAGAGAGAGGUUUUUGAGAUAACUCUAGUCAGCAGCUGCCCAGAUUUGCCUUCAUAUGCACCUGUUCCUGAUGCUGGCCUAACAAAGGAAGUGUUCUCUAGUGUAGAUGUCUAUGAUACAAAUAGUUUAAGAUGUACUCUCAAUAUAUAUUCUGAGAAAAUAAGUGUCAAGCAGAAUUUAAGUUCAGGUCAGCUUUAUGCUAUACCUAACGCUGUUUGCAGAAAUGACAAGUACUGUUAAUAGUUUGUAAUCUCAGCAGUCCUGUCCAACCUUAAAUGAAUUUUCAGUAGGAUGCAUGUGUGGAAGUGUAAUGUAUCUUAAGAGUGAUGUACAAUUUUCAUUGUUGUUGUUGUUUUGGGAUGAGCAGACAUUUAGAGUUGCAUGCUGGAAUUAAUAAAGUUGAUCAUUCAUUUU